AUGUUUGCCUCCCCACAGGCGCGAGAAAAUGGCUGCGACCAUGGCUAGCGCAGGUCGAAUCUCAAAGCUUGCACAAGUCAUAGGUGCUUUCAAGCAUUUACGGAUUUCCCAAGUCACAGGAAAUCAAAGUGGAUAUGUGCUUCACAGAACCAUAUGGUCUGGGUCUCUUUUUGGCCCUGAAACAGACAAAAGUUCUCCGAGAAUUCCUUUGAGGAAACCAAGGCAGCCUGCUAAUGUGUUUUUCAUUUACAUGAAGAAAGUGGAACCUCAAAUUGUGAGAGGGGAUCCAGGCAUUGGUAGAAAAGAAAUAGUCAGUCGAGCUGCUGCCAUGUGGAGGGAGCUUGAUCCAGAAGAAAAAGCUAAAAUAGCCAUGCAGAGGAAACAGCUGUAUGAAAAAUACAAACAAGAAAAGAAAGAGUACCUGGAAAACAUAACCCCGGAGCAAAUAAGAGAAGAAGAGGCAAAAAAGCAAAAAAAGCUUGCAAAGAAAAUGAAACUGACGAGAAGAUCACUCGGUAUGCCCAGCAAACCCUGGCCACCAUUCAACUGCUUUCUUUCAGAAAAGUUUGGUGAAAGGGAAGAUGAAAGUGUUUCGACAUACUUCAAGAUUUUGAGUGAUCGAUGGAGAAUCCUUGAUGAAAGCGAAAAAGAGAAAUAUAAACAGAUAUCACAUGAUAUGAAAAUCCAAUACCUCAAAGAUAUGGACGCAUGGGAAGGAAAAAUGAUGGAAUACGGCCGCUACGAUGUGCUCCGCAAGUCUACUCUGGAGGGUCUCAAGAAAAAGGACAAAAAAGAACCGAAGAAGAAAAAGAAAGUUCGUUUUGCUGAUGAAGUGGAGGAGUUUUCAUGAGACUUCUCAGAUGCCAAAAGUCAAACAGAUAUUUUGCUAUCACGACCUGGAAAAUUGUAGACGGUACAUGAUAGAAUGUGGUUUAUUUAGAGAGGGGAAAAAAGCUACUAAAAUGUAACUUGACAAUUUUUAAAAACUACAAGAAUGUUGUGUGACUUUGAUGUUUGCUAAAGUCAUGAUGAGUCUUCCAUUUAUCAUCUUUUGACAGGUCGAGUACAUUAUUAAUAAUGUUUAAAAAAUGUUUCUUUUGCGUAUUUUAUCCGCGAAAGUUUCAACAGAAUGACAAUACAUUAUGUACGAAAUGUAAAGUGUGUUCAUCAAGCGAAUUUUCAGGGAAUGUAGCAAUGUUUUACUGUAUAUGAACACAUCUGUUUGGUUGUUAAUUUGUUGCAUUAUUACCUUCUACUGAGAUCAUACCAUCCAGUUUGCUAAGCCCAGGUGAAACUUUUUCUUGAAUUUGUGCUAUUGAUAACUUGUUAGGGUAUGAGUAAGGGUUUGUUCAUUUUGUUCUGGUCUGAAAUUUGAAGUCUAGGUAUUUGAGCAUGAUGUAAGCAAGUUGAAGAUUUUGUGCGUAGUAUUCUGUGUUUGUGAUGUUGAAUGUUUCAUGGUUAAAAUGUUCUAUAUAUAUAAACAGUCUUUAGUGGUGACAUUAAUCAUGUAGAAAAUGAAAAUUUGUCAUGUGAGAUGAAGUCCCUUGUAUGAGAAUGUAUGAUUUAUUUUAUGAGCAAUGGGAUAGUUGUUUUCAUUUUUCAAUGAUAACAAUAGAAUCAUCAGAUUCGAGAAAGUGACAUUUCCCAAUCAAACCAUGUUUGUGUCAGGUAGUUGUUAAUAAGUAAGUGUUUGGAGGGAGAAUAUCUAGCUACGUGUGUAUGUGUAUUAUAUAUCAUAUAUAUAUACAGCAGAGUACCUUAAACCGAAUACGAACAUUGAAAACCCAGCUCAAAGAAUAACUGGCAGUCCCACAGACUUUGGUUUAAGCGGACUCCACGCCAUAGUAUAAUACUAUUAUUACUCAUUUACUGGGGGCAUUAUUUGCUUGAUAGAGUAUGUACAUUAUUUAAAAGGGAAUGUUGUGAAUUCUGCUUGAUUAACUUAUAGGUACGAUCUAAUGUCAACAAUCUGAAAAUUUAGAAUGAUCCUCCAAAAAUAUUGGCAACAGAUUUUCAACCUGCAAAAAUGUUUCACCUAGCACUAGCACUCUUUUCAAGUGUUUUGUUGUAUAUUUCAGAUUGAAAAAUUGAUCUUUCAGUUAAACUACCCACCUUCUAGUGUUCAUUUAUACUUUGAGUCUGCUUUAUUACAUGAUCCUAAAAUGGUUUUGAAAGAGGCCUUAUGUUCUCAGGAUCACGCAAAUUUUGAAGUACAGUCAAACCCUGUUACACCGCCAACCUUGGGACGAGUACAAAGGAGGCAGUACAGUUGGACUGUCAUGCUGCCCUCUUUGAAAUAGCACUGAUUGCCCAAUGUCAAGGGAAAUUAUGGUGCCAUGACUAGAUGAAGGACAAUAUUACAAUAAUGAGCUAUUUCAAAGGAUGCCCAUCAUUACGAAUUUGGCGUAAUCAUUGCAACUUUUUUUUCUAUCUUUGGCAAUUACUAUAGUAACUACCCCAAUUCCGAUUUUUUAAAAAUUUGUUUGCUGUGCAUCUACCCCAUCCCAUUCUCUUGGAGUAUAAGUAUAAGGAAGAAAGUUAAUCAGAUUUAUACGGUUUAUGUCCCAUGCAGCUGACCAAUUUCAACAUAGAAAAACAUUAGUUUUGCCAAAGCCAGGAAUAAGGCAAACAGUUUGACAUGGUGUUAAACAUUCCUGCGCUUUGCAUUGUUGGUGGUGGCCUAAGCUAAUGAGAACAUUUUAUAAAUUGAUCUCUGUUUGAAACAAUCAACUGCGGUGCAUGGCAUGGUUUGUUUUGAUGCACAAUCAGGAUCAAAGGUUUGUUACACAUCCUGUUCGUUUCUUUUGUUUUUACAAGAGUCAAGGAGCUAGUCUCCCCCCACAACCCCUUUAUAUCCAGCUGGCCAAGACCUUUUUCAUCAUGCCUUUGUUUACUUCACAUUCGUCCUUGAACAUUCUACUCCUAUCCUUGAGUCCCCAGGGAAAAAGAUAUUCCAUGGUCAUUUUAAGAAUUCUUGAGUCGCGUUUUUAAUUUUAAUUUUUCAGUAGUUGAAUGCUAAAACAUGUGCUGGUGGGUGGGCAGCCCUGUAUAUUCGUUUGUCUCAAACUUAAUGAGAUGGCCUUCAGGCUUCCUGUAUUUAGCGAUUGCUAGCUUGCAGUCACGUGUGGAAGAAAGCGAGAUUAUCACUCUGCAGCUGCCAAGUGGGCACUGUGCACCAUUUGCAGUGGGUACCUCGGGCAGCUAGUUUACUGAUGAACACUCAUGACAGUUUUGCAGGACAAAUUUAAAUGAACAAGGACCAUACAACUCGGGCAGUAGGUGGAUGGCAGUUUGUAAGGGCAAUAGUGUGUUUAUUAGUUUUUCCUUUUUGUUAAUUGGCAAAACCUAGCAAUAAGCAUGGCUGGCACUGCUUACUACAGGGUUGACUGUAUCAGUGCAAAAGAAAUGUGUUCUGAUUUAAUACAUUCUUCUGCUAAAAAGACAACCUAGUCAAAAGCAAAUAGUCAUAUUUCAUUUGUGAAUAUUUUCUAUUCCCAGUUUAAUUUCAUCUUUGAAUAUUUCUAAAGUGGUCUCAUGAUUCAUGUAGCCAGCAUCUCAUAGUUUUUGUAAUACUUUCUCAUGGAACAAGAACAUUUGCUCCUGGUUGUUUUACGGUGAAUGCAUUUUCAUGCCGAGGUUUUUUUUUUUUACAUCAUGUCUUAGAAAAGACCAUCAAGCAUGUUUCAUGUAUUGCACAAACAAAUGUUUGCUCUCAGUGUUGGACUUGGAGGAUAGGUUGGAAAAAUAAUGGUUGUCGUAGUCCGACAACCCAAUUGUGUAAUAAAUGGAAAUUUAACCUGAGGUCAAGACAGCCUCCUGGUGUCCGUUGUUUGUGACU